UCAUCUCUAUCCACUCAGAAGAGUGGCUGGGACAAUAAGAGAGAAAGACACCCUACACUCAGCAACUUCAUAACAUCUACCCACCCCUAAAGCCUGAAACUGUCUCAAGUCUAAAGACUCGGGGCAAGCACUUACCAUGCAGUUUUUGGCUGCAGUAAGUCCACAGUCAUUCUCUACCCCAGGCUGGAAGGUGGAGACCAAGUAUUCAACCCGAGUGCUCACUGGAAACUGGGUGGAAGAGAGGAGGAAGUUCACCAAAGCCAUGGAGCAAACACCUCAGUCCAUUUACAGAAAAGAGUAUGUCCCCUUCCCGGGCCACAGACCCGACCAGAUCUCCAGGUGGUAUGGCAAGAGGAGAGUGGAGGGGCUCCCGUACAAACACCUGCUGACGCACCACCAGGAGCCCUCACACCGCCAUCUGAUUAGCACAUAUGACGACCAUUACAACCGGCAUAAUUACAACCCCAGCCUGCCCCCGGGUCGCACCUGGAGUGGACACAAGUUGCUGUGGCUCCCGGAGAAAGCAGACUUCCCCCUUCUUGCUCCCCCUACCAACUAUGGACUCUAUGAGCAGCUGAAGCAGAGGUGGCUCACGCCCAGGGCUGCCCCGAGGGAGAGCAUUUACACCUCGUCCUACCCGAGACCGCCGCUGUGUGCCAUGUCCCGGCGGGAGCACGCCAUCCCUGUCCCUCCCCCUCGCCUGCACCCUGGCCCGCGCUUCUGAGAACGGCCACGGGCUGUGCAGGUGGGUCCGACCGGAGCCCCAAUGUGCUGUUGGACCCGCCAGGCCGCAGGUGGCUGCCGACACACCCAGAGUGCUAAAUCCGGCCCGGCUGAGGCCCCUAGUUCAUGGUCCGUGUCCUCCAAACCCUCAGGCUCCUUUCUUUUCCAUCCCA